AUGACAUCACAAAGGUCAUCUUCAUGCUUUCCUUCCCUACCUACCCAGGCCAUGGCCCUAGCUGUAUCCCCACAGGCCAGUCAAAUGGCCCCCCUGGCUUUGGGCCUGGCCCUCAGGCUAGUGGUGAUGAGCCUCCCAGUGUCCUGGGGCUGCCUUCUCUGCUUCACCUCGGAGCUUGACCGGCAGCGUCUCUGCCAGCUCUUCACAGGCCUGAAGAGACGUCAGGGUUCCCAGUGUGGGGCCCAGCUGAUGGAAGCCUUCCAGGGCCUGACCCACACCCAGAUAAAUUAUGCUGAGAGAACCCGACUGCAUGAUGCCUUCACUCAGACCAUCUUCACCCUGGAGGAGAAGGCUGCAGCAAAAGAGUCCUACGAAGUGGCCUUCCCCGAGGCUGCCCAGAGCAUGGAAGAGGUCAUCAAGGAACUGAGCAAAGCCCCCGCCUGCGUGCCGCCCUGCGGGUUCCAGGAGCUGGCCCGACUCUUCUUCUGCAAUUCGUGCGCUGCCCAUGACUGUGACCUCCCGCUGGAGUGCCCGAUCCGGGACUUGCUGGUGCCAGUGGGAGGCCAGGCUGCCUUCUCGUGCUCCGUGUCUUUCUCCACUCCCCCGGAGCUGACCUAUACCUGGCUGUUUGCGGGGAAUAUCCGGACCAGCGACCUCUCCUACUUCCGUGUGAUGCCUCGAGCACAGGGCAUGUUUGCUCGGAUCCGGCCUGUUCGACCCCCUCACCGCGGGACUUUCUCCUGCCUGCUUAGCUCCGACCAACAACCCCUGGCUCGGUUGUUCUUCUUCCUAAAUGUGACUGCAGGGAAAGCUCGGGAUGAAGUAAAGCUGCAGACCUUAUUCCGGGCGGUGAUGAAAGCCAAAGGCUCCAAGGCCGACUGUCCGGAACCCUGGCAGCCCAGCUUCUCCACGCUGCUGGCCCACUCUGGGGCCCUAACACCGAGAAACCUGUGCCUGCUUGGGCUGGCAGCUGGCCUGGGCACCACGAGCUUCAUCCUGCUGGGGAUGUGAGUAACCCCCUCCCCAAGGACCCGGUAGGCUGGAUCCCCCAGACCCACCUCACAAGGGUGGUGAGCACCAGCAUCCUGUCCAUGGGGACCCAGGCAUCCUGAUCUGGCUUGCAAGUGCACGCACCCACACACACACACACACACACACACACAUCCCACCCUAAGGGACCCAGGCUUCUUGACUGCCUGACUUCCCACCCUCUGAGGCCCAAACUGGUUCUGGCAAACUCCUGCCCUCUAGCGGUGGGUUAAGACCUUUCUCCCUGCCUCGCUGCCCAGGUUGCUGUAUCGCUGUUUGGAGGAAGAAAGCUAAAGGGCCCGCCCUCUUCAUCCCCUAUCCUCCACUCACCCCAAUAAAGACAUUUUCGAACCCAAGGCAGUCUAGGUUCCUAGGUCCAAAGUACCAGUGGACAGGCCCAAGGAUAAGGCACCAAAACAUACUGGGGCGGAAGGGGUGGGGCGGGGAGGAGAUCUGGUAUACACUAUUAGAGUGUAAAC